CAUUUUUCUCCCUUCACUUCCCAAUAUAAAUACUCCAAACUUUCGAACCCUUUUCCAUUCAUUCAUUUCUGUUACUCUCAGUUCUUCACAGUUCACACAGCUCCACAAAGAUACACACACUCUAAUAACACAAACUGACAUACAUAACAUCCUUAGUUUUAUCAAAUACUUUCAUGUUUAUGUGAAGGGUGAAGCAGAAGAAGUUUCAGCCAUGUCAGAUGAUCAGUUUCAAGCAAGUGGAAACUGGUGGGAAUCAGCAAGAAACGUGAGGUUUGAGAGUGGUGAAACGCAGUCUUCUUCUUCUGGCCUCACCAACAUGGGAAACUAUGCUUGGCAGCAAGACAUGGCUAGGUCUUCUUCCAUGGAUAACUCUGCCUCAGGAGGUUCCUCUGUGGUUUUCCAUGACCAGAAGCAGCUUCAAGUUCAGCCACAUCAUGACUCAUCAGCCACAAAUCCCACCAAUGACCAUCCCAACUUGCACAUGAUGGGCUUGGGCCUCUCAUCCCAAGCCAUGGACUGGAAUCAAGCAUCUUUGCAGCUACGAGGUGAGAAGGAUUCUGAAGGCAGUUUCAGGUCGAUGUUGCAAGAGAAUUUGAGCUCUCCAGGCACCACGUUUCAGCAAGAAAGCGGGAAUAACAAUAUUGCGUUGUCUCAUCAUCAACAAGUUCAUUGGAGUCCAGAAAAAUUGUUCUCUGCGGAGUCAUCAAGCAAUGAAUUCAAGAGGGGUUUCUCCUUGGACCAAACACAGUUCAGUCCUCAAUAUAGCUCUGGGGACAGCACUGUCACAAGCCAAGGUUUGCCUUGUUCUUUUCAGAUGGAUUAUGUCGGUAACCCUUCUUCAAUAUUGCAAGGACUUUUGGGACACGAGAGCAAUAACCAACAACCCCACCAAGGUGGUAGUGCUUCUUUUGAGAAUCGUUCCAUGAAUUUUCCUUACUCAGCAACAAGCUAUGGAUUAAGCUCAAACAUUGAGUUAGUGCCUUCUUGGUCAAAGGUGCCUCAGUUCUUAAGAGCUUCACCACCAAAACAACUACCCAAUAACCAGUUGCAUUUCACCAACAACGCUCCCUUUUGGAACGCUAAUUCUGAACCUGCUAUAAAGGAGGCUCGAUCCAGCUUCAUCUCCUCUUUGCAAACCCCCUUCUCGCCAUCAAAUUUCGAUGUUCAAUCAAAGAAUCUAUCUGAAGUUAGGGAGUCGGGUGUGGUGAAGAAAAGUGGGAGUGAAACAGCACCAAAAAGGCCCAGGAACGAAAACCCAUCUCCUUUGCCAGCUUUUAAGGUGAGAAAAGAGAAGAUGGGGGACAGAAUCACUGCACUCCAACAAUUGGUUUCACCUUUCGGAAAGACUGAUACAGCGUCAGUGCUCUCUGAAGCCAUUGAAUACAUCAAAUUCCUCCAUGAACAAGUCACCGUUUUAAGCACCCCCUAUAUGAAAACCGGUGCUCCCAUACAGCAUCAGCAGAGUUCUGGUAAAUCGAAGGAAUCUGAGGGUCCAAAGCAAGAUCUUAGAAGCCGAGGGCUAUGUUUGGUGCCAGUUUCUAGUACAUUUCCAGUGACUCAUGAACCCACAGUUGAAUAUUGGACACCAACGUUUGGAGGAACUUACAGAUAGCUAAUUUAUUAGUGGGUGGCAAAAGUGGCACGGAAGCAGUACCCUCAGCAACUAUGACAAUAUGUCUUAUCAAGAAACUGGCCAAAUUGGGAAUGAUAAGAUCAAAGAAAAGAGAGAUGUCAAGUUGUAGUUAAUUACUUCUUCUGAGAUUAUGGAAAAAUUCAAGAUAUUAAUAAAAGGAUAUAGAGAGAAGAGGAAAAAUGACCUUCAGCAAAAGGGUCACAGUGGACCAACUUCAUGAUGAAAGAGGGGCAAGGUAAUUUGGCCAAUUUUUGGCACCAUUGGAGCAAAAUUUAUAUAUAUUUAUAUAGUUAUAAGUUGUAUUAAUAAUUGAAGAACUAUAAGAGGUGGGGGAUUAGGAGUGAGAAAGAAUUAUGUUGCGGAAUAUAGGGAAGUUCUUGUAAGCUUAGAUAGAAAAUUGUUGUUAGAGGAAGAUAAAGGAGCUUUGUUUAUUUUUCUUCUUGUUAUUUUGUGCAUAGAGCUGGGACUACUACUUUAGUUCAAGGAAAAGGAAAAACUAAAUUGAUUGAAUCAUUGAAAUAUAGAAGAGUGAGUGAAUGUGGGAUAUCUCAUUUGAUUGGAAAUCUCACUUUUCAUUUCUUUAUUUCUUUAGAAUAUGUAAGUGGAAGUCAGAGACUGGCCCACUCCACCCUUUCAGUUUUUGUUUCAAACUUUUCAAUUACAUCUUUACAUUUUCUAUUAUAUA